GGACGAGAUGGUUCCAAGUUCCGGAGGCAGCUCUCCCCCAUAUAUAACGCGACGAUGCGCGGGCGCAUCAGUUAGUGACAGACGCGGGGUCAAACACACAGAACACAAUGAAACGGCUACUCCUCCUGUCAGUGCUGGCGGUGGCUCAAGCACAGUUCCCCAAUGGACGCAUCCUGGAGCCGCCCGUGCCACAGCAGUGCGUGCAGAGGGUCAUUCACGAACGGUUUGCUGACAAUAAGGGCUACUUCUUCUCAUGGCGGGACCCUGCGCUGCGCGGUGUAGAGGAGGACUGGCUCAGUGCGAGGAACUACUGUCGCCAGCGAUGCAUGGAUCUCGUCUCCUUGGAAACCAGUGACGAGAACGAGUGGGUCAAAGCCCGCAUUGUUCAGGACAAGGUGAAAUACAUCUGGACAUCGGGUCGCCUCUGCGACUUCAAGGGCUGCAACCGACCAGACCUGCUGCCCAACGAGAUCAACGGCUGGUUCUGGACGGCCGAGCUGCAGAAGCUGGCUCCCACCACCAACCGGCAGCAGAACGACUGGUCCGAAGGCGGCGGCAUUGGGAAACCGCAGCCUGACAAUCGGGAACUGAUUCAAGGAGGCGCCGCAGAACAUUGCGUCGCAAUUCUAAACAAUUUCUACAAUGACGGAGUACACUGGCAUGACGUGGCCUGCCACCAUCGGAAGCCCUUCGUCUGCGAAGAAAACGACGCUCUACUGAAAUACGUGCGAUACACCAACCCAAAUCUAAGAGUAUAAAUAGAAUAGUAUAAAAAAAAUCAUCCUUCAAAGAAGUUUCCGUCUGCAUCACAGCAAAAUAAUA